GGCUGGUGGCGCUGGGGAGUCGUGAGAGGGGACUCCGGCUCCGGCGCUGACACCGGCACCGGAUCAGGAGCAGGAUGUAUACACUGCUGUCAGGGCUCUAUAAAUACAUGUUCCAGAGGGAUGAGUACUGUGUCCUGAUCCUGGGUUUGGACAAUGCUGGUAAAACUACCUUCCUUGAACAAACUAAAACCCGAUUUAACAAGAACUACAAAGGGAUGAGUUUGUCCAAAAUCACAACCACUGUAGGCUUAAACAUUGGAACUAUUGAUGUUGGCAAAACUCGGCUCAUGUUCUGGGACCUUGGUGGGCAGGAGGAGCUGCAGUCACUUUGGGACAAGUACUAUGCUGAAUCUCACGGGGUGAUCUAUGUUAUUGACUCCACUGAUGAGGAGAGGCUCUCUGAGUCCAAAAGAGCUUUUGAGAAGAUGAUUACCAGUGAAGCUCUGGAAGGGGUUCCCAUUCUGGUGUUGGCCAACAAGCAGGAUGUAGAGACUUGUCUGUCAAUACCCGAUAUCAAGACAGCAUUUAGUGACUGCAUUAACAAAAUUGGGAAGAGAGACUGCCUGACACAAGCCUGCUCGGCCCUUACUGGCAAAGGGGUGAACGAAGGAAUUGAAUGGAUGGUGAAGUGUGUGGUGAGGAACAUCCACCGCCCCCCAAGAAAGAAGGACAUCACGUAGGAACUCCAAGGCAGCCAAGCAAUGGACAGUCUCUUUCCACACACUUUUGUGUUCCCUUUAAAGAAGGUGAUCCACUGGAUUCCUAUUACACCUGAUUCUUUCC